UUCGUAUUCACGAGCGUUCUCAUCGGACAUAUACCCGUUUUUGUUUGAUUUUACUUGCCUAGAGUUAAAUAUACACAUGCCUUAGUUCUAAUUUGUGGAUCUAAUCGAGACCGACUUAAAUUUCCAUUUGAUAUACUAUUAAAGCUGUUGCGUAUACUUUUAAAUCUAUUCCCACGAUAUUUGUCAAAAUUCGUAAAUCCGUAAAUUAACCAUUUAAAAUGCCAUUUCGACCGGUAGUGACGUAAUUCAAUCGCCAGGUCUAGAUUUCCCACAGUCCAAUUGUAAUUGUAGUCGGUGAAUCUAGAAUAUUUUUAGUGAGAAACGAACUCAAUCUAGUGGAGCAUCUGGCAAUACUGCGUCAACGGCACAUGCCAUUUGUCGCAACCAUGUCGACUCUCUGAUCACACAUAUUACUCGAGUGUUGAAAGUUAUUAUGCAAGAUAGUCGCUAUGUAUAAGACAAAUGCGUUAGGACCACUGAUACAUAGGUGUACUAACCAAACUACACUAUUUUUUUCUCACCGCCUAGUACAGAGUACUGUACGAAACAUAGAUCAGCGAGCAUUUCAGUAUAUUCAGCUCAAUGGUUCAAUUUCCAGACCGUAUACCCUUGCUGUAUACGCAUGAGGCAAGUUGAAUCUGGCCGCACGAGGAUGCAUAUAAUAUGUGGACGGUAAUACGAGGCUCGGCAAACUGCCUCGGGUUGUGCACCGAAACUGCCUCGGGAGUAGGCGGCGUGAAUAUGAUUCAGCGCGAAUUUUAGAACCCCAGCCACACACAUUGAAUAUCAAUAUGAAUUGGACCCAGGAAGAGUGUUUACAAGUAAUAAACGAGUAUCGUAAAAGAAAAGUUCUUUGGAACCCGCGCGAUCCGCUUUAUUAUAACAAAAUAACAAAGGAAGAUGCUUGGACAGAAAUUGCUGUAAAAUGUUGCAGGAGUACUGAAGAAUUGAAAAAAAAAAUAGAGAGUCUCAAAAGCACAUACAGGCGUGAAAAGACGCGAGCAAGAAAACGCUAUAAAACAGGAAAAGGGCGAAGUGAGAUUCAUCAACCGCAAUGGUUUGCUUACACCAGUCUACAAUUUCUGGACAAUAAAAAUAUACCCUACAAGACUCUGAAUAAUGUGCAAAACAUGUCUGAUGAAAUACCAACAGAGCAUUUUAACAGCGAAAGUCUUGAUGACAGUAACAACAUAGGAAACCAGUUCAAAAACGAACAGAUCGAAUUAGAAAAUUUGCAGGCAUCGGAUGCCGAAGAAGCAUUAAACACUGAGAAAACAGAGUUCAGUACUCUGAGAACCCGAGUACUGAAAAGAAAUAACAUUGAUCAAGACCAAAGAAAUGCAGAGGCGUUUGAUUACAUACGACAAGUACCUGCAAGAUCUGACCAGUUGAAAGAUGAAUGUAGUCUCUUUGGUGAUUAUAUUGCGGCAAAACUACGCAAAUUCGAUGAUCGAUCACGUGCUAUUGCAGAACACAGAAUUAGUAACACCUUAUUCGAAUUGGAGAUGAAUUGCGGGAGAUGUGCGCGAGCAAGAAACUGGGGAAGCGUUCGUAAUGCGGGUGAUCUUAUCGAGAUGUCGGACUGUGACUAUGCUCCUGUCAUUCACAGCAAUUUUCCCCGAUAUACAGUUGAAAUGCAGCAGAACUUAUGGAUGGACGGAGCAGUGUUGGCAACCCUGAAAAUGGUGCCUAUCAUACGAGGGACGUAAUUUCAUCGUAUUUCAGCAAAGAUUAUCGUAUUCUGGUUUAUAUUAAAAUAUUAUAUUGACGAUGCAUAGCAUAUUUCAAUUUUUAUUAUCAUGACCGUAUAUUGCACCGAUUAUGCGAUGUAUUUUUCAUUUUACGAUCUUUUCUCGCGUCAAUCACCCGCAUGGCGCCAAAAUUAGCAUAUUCCAACAUCUUUUUAAAAUCAAAGUAGAUCCAGUUUCAAUAAAUCAGUUGUUUAUUACCCUGAAUAUUAAAAUAAAUAAAUAUAUGA